AUGCCAUCUUUCUGUUUCAGGCGCAAAAUGCUGAAGUGGACUGUAAUGACCAGGCGCGAGCCCGGCGACAAGUCCGAGCAGGCGGCGUCGGAGUGCGGUAGCGUCGCCAAAUCGACGACGUCGUCGUCCACAACGACGACGCCACGCAAAACGAAGAGACGGCGCUCGAGUCUUGGCAGACGCCGGUCGAGCUGCCACAAAAAUCGCAGCAGCCUCGAGCCCGAUAAGGAGAACCAGUUCACGUCGACGCCGAUCAAGUCGCCCGAGGGAUUUGCCGUGCAGUUUGACGCGUUGAGAGACGUGAGCAACUUGACACCGACAGAUAACAACAGGCGGGUGCUGUCGGUGAAGAAAUGCAAGAGCGAACGGAAAUCCCCCCGAAUCAUAAAGAAGAAGAAAAGUUGCUUGAACAAUCACCCCGAUGUCUUCAACACUGAUAGUCAUAGCAGCAACUUUUUCAGACCUUUCGAGGCUGUCGAUUCGCAUAUUGAAGGCAUUUUGGCCGACGAAAUGUACCCCACAGCCUACGCGCCGACUUUACCCACAUCAGCGAUGGAUUACUCCCCUUGUCCGAUGAAAAGCACCCAUUGCCUGGUCACUUUAAACAAUGCUAGUCCCAAAGUUACCAACGACGAUUGCCCGCCAAGCAAGAAACCUAAAUUCGAUCACGUAGACGAUUUUCUUCAUCAAAUAUCGUUCAUCACUUCGCCGGAAGAUAAGCGACUCAAAUUUCCUGGACUAAAAUUAAAAAAUUCAGCCAAAAAACUUUUGGCAAAUGAAUUUAAAGUCUCUCCACUAGUCAAAAAAUUUAUAGAUUUAAGAUUUAGCAAAAUUAGUUUAAAUUCUAAAAAGCACGAUGACUCUUCCUACAUCAACGAUCUUUCCUUGGACCAACUAGUUGAUGCUAUUCUGGAAUCAUCUUCGGAUAGCGAUAGGCCAAAAACUUCAUCUACGUUAAACACAAGUAUUUUAUGUAAUAUCGGUAACGAGACCGAGUUGGAGAAAGAAAACGACUUAAACGAGACUCACGAAGAGAAUCUAAUAAAUAUCGAGCACGAAAGAAAUCGUCGUCCGUCAUUCGACGGCUCGUCGACCGAUUCGGGGUUCAGAAGCAGCACUACGGAGAACUCCCACCAGCUAGAUAGCAACUAUUUGUGCAAGUGCAACAACAAUAACAAAGAGACCAGUGGCAAUAUUAUAUGUGAUAAGACUAUUAUUAAUAUUAACGAAACAUUUAAUGAGAGAUGCGUCGACGACGAGACAAGGCUAAGAAAGCGCAGCUCAGAUUCCUCGCUGGAAAGUGAACCCGUCACCAAACGGAUGAACUUGGAUAGAUCUUUGGAGGAGAACUUUACGCUGCGAAGGCAAAAAUGUAUACGCAGAAAGGAAAAGCCAUUGAAACCUUUUUUAGGCAAAGCUUCCUCUCCCAUCCUGGACACGAUCGUGAACGACGAAUCCUUCGAGUGCACUCCUUUGAAUAGUUGUUAUAUGGAGAACAAGGAUAUCCGGCAAGAAACUUACGCGUUGGAGGAGGGUUCGCCAGAUCAAACCCAAAGGAUCCGCAGGUGUCUAUUAUUCGACUCGCCGAAGUUCGAGGACUUUUCGGGCAUCUCCGAAGGCAACUCGACUACAAAAACGACUGCCGUAGACGUAAGGGGCUCCCUCGAUUUAAAUAUUCAUACAGAGAACGACACAAUACAAGUCCACGGUGAGCAUUCAUAUUUAUAUUACUUUUUUUCUGGAACAGAGGGUAUGGAAAAAAUACCUGAAGUCGUGGCCGUUAAUAAAAUUAUAAAUACUGCAUAG